CGUGAUAAGUAACCCAAAAUAUGCAACUUUUCUUCUUAUAUCCUACGCAACUUUCAAAUUCAGAUCCAAAGGAGGAGUCAACUCUGUUUCUUUCUCCUUCACGCUAUCAACAAAUCAAGCAUUUCCCCCUUAAUUCAUCAUUGCUUCCUCAUUCAUCACCAUUUUCUCUCUCCAAACUUCACCUAGGCAAAAAAGGGAGGUGUGAUUUUUUACCAAUGGCGACUGUGCAAAUGUUUUCCUUCACAAUUCUCUUUGCUGUUUUGCUUGUUCAACAAUGUAUUUGUACAGAUCCGCCUGCAAGUUCACCAAGUCCUGCACCGGAAUCUGGCGCUGAUGUAGCUUCUCCACCAAUGAGUCUAGCUCCAUCGCCUUCACCAAGUCUAUCUUCUCCGCCGGCACCUCCACUGUCAGAUCUCUCUCGAAAUUCAUCUCCGGCGCCGUCACCGGGUGAUUCUACGUCUAAAAAUUCCCUAUCGCCGGCUCCAAAUUCCAAAGCUGCGAGUGAUAUUAGCGAUGAGAGUGUAGAUUCAUCGAAGGAAUCAUCUGGUGGUGGAAUGACGAGUGGAAAGAAGGCUGGAAUAGCAGUCGGAGUGAUCGCUGCAGUUUGUUUUGUAGGUAUCGGUGCAUUGGUGUACAAGAAGCGACAACAAAAUAUCCAACGAUCUCAGUUCGGGUAUGAUGCUAGGAGAGAAAUUCUUUGAAUGGAUCUAUAUAUCUUCAUAUGCAAAUCAGUUCAUAUAGUAUACAGAUGUAUAUAAGUUUACUGCUUCAUGAUUAGAUUUGUUGCAUUUAGAAUUUCUACAACAUUUUCAUUAGAUUCAUUUGAUUCUUUACCCACUGGAUUCAUUAGUUCUUUCUGCUAUUGGAGAUUUAAGUUUUGCUAUUGAUUUUGCAA